AGCUUCAGUGAGCGGCAGUCCUUGUCUGGUUCCACCGCCGUCUGGUUCCUGGCUGAUCUUCGGGCUCUCUCGGCCCUCACUCUUACAAGCUCCUCCGGGCGGCGUCCCUGUCAUGCCGCUGGUGCGAUAUAGGAAGGUGGCCAUCCUCGGGUACCGCUCCGUAGGGUUUCUCUGUUUAUCCUUGGCUGUCCUGGAGCUGAUCUAUAGGCCAGGCUGCUGGCCUGGAACUCACAGGAAUCCACCUGCCUGCCUUCCCAUCCUGAGCGCUGGGAUUAAAGCUUACAGCAAGACAGUGACUCUUGGCAAAGAUGAGUUUCACCUACAUCUAGUGGACACAGCAGGACAGGAUGAGUACAGCAUCCUGCCCUAUUCCUUCAUCAUUGGGGUUCACGGUUAUGUGCUGGUGUAUUCUGUCACUUCUCUGCGCAGCUUCCAAAUCAUUAAGAGCCUGUACCAAAAGCUCCAUGAAGGUCAUGGUGAAACUCGGCUGCCGGUGGUGCUUGUGGGGAACAAGGCAGAUCUCUCUCCACACAGAGAGGUACAGGCAUGGGAAGGGAAGAAGCUGGCAGAGUCCUGGGGUGCGACGUUUAUGGAGUCAUCUGCUCGAGAGAAUCAGCUAACUCAAGACAUCUUCAUCAAAGUCAUCCAGGAGAUUGCCCGUGUGGAGAGUUCUUAUGAGCAAGACCGCCGGUGCCAUCUUAUGUGAGCUCUCGGCACGGAAUAACUGCCUCGUGUCUGCCACAGGCAUUUUCCAGCCUGCAGUGGGGUGGGGGUGGGGCAGACUCUCAGGACUUAACUGGUAUGGUUGCCAAUUAUGUCCCUAGCUCUGUGGGCACACAGUGUGGUACCCUCAUUUUUGCACACUCAUCCCAGGUUCUGGUAGCCUGGAUGCUAAUGUUUACAAAGGAGCAAGACGUCUCAUGGACACUGGCUUCUAACUCCUUGUUUUUCUAAAUGAACUUUUACAGUCUGUAUAGUUGGGAUACUUGUCUCAGGCAUUGAUUAUCCAGGACCCACCGUCCUGGGUCUAUUUUGGGUGUUGGUUGGGUAAGGGUGUUGGUUGCUUGGCAGUUCGGAAGUAGAACUGGCUGCUGGGGUGAUUGUGUAUUUGCAAAUAAACUGAGAAAUCUUUUGUUGUUGACUUUUCUGUGUCAGGGGAGAGCUGAGCAGUGGUGGAGUAUGGAAUCUUGUCUUUCUCCUCCCUAGGAAUCACUAUCCUAAGACUUAACUACUAAAAAAUAAAAAAUAAAAAA